AUGCCUGGAGAGUUAGAGAAAGCAAACAUCCAAGGAGGACAUCGAAUUAGUGAAGGCUGUGCUUCAGUAACUUUGGUGCUCUGUUCUGUAGGCCUAAAUCUGGCUAUUCCCUGGCGACGCGAAUACAGGCUGGUUCUGGUGGAACUGGCUUCGCAAUUCAACUGUGCCGAAUAUAAAAACUAGUUGAAGGCCGGACACAGCCGCCUCCUGUUGAAAGUUGCUCUGCAGCGCUUCGCCAAUGAGCAAAUUCACACCUUCCACCGCCAGAUUAUCGCCAGCGACUCAGCUCACUUAAGUCCUUCAGGUUUUCGGUGUGGUGGGCACUGCAUCCCUCGAGGCAAGCAGUUUCAACCUAUCUGCUUCUUAUGUAAAGAAUGGAAAAAUGAAAUUUUGAACCAUCACACAAAUAAAAUGGGGGAGUUUUAUUGGGGGAACUGCAGAUCUUGGCUCUGGCUUUCUAAUUCAUGGGAGCUGGCAAAGGUGAUAAAAUGCUGCAAUGAGCUAAUGCAUUCUGCAAAUAUGAAAGUCUCUUUUUCCUGGAGGAAAGAAUUUGUAAAUCAUGUCCAAAAUUUGCUGACUGAAUUCUACCAAGUUCCCGAGGCUCAGACAGCUUGUCAUAGGAUAAAAAAGAUAAUACUUGUAGAUAUUCUAACAUUUUACAUGGCUGCAAUUAUUAAUAUUUAUUCCUCAGUUUGGCACUCUAAUCAAAAUUGGACAAAAUGA